AUGAGCUCUCUGGUUUAUCCCAGCCUGGGCAUGAAGGAACGCAAAGCAGUGGCCAUCCUGCACUACCCCGGGGUGGGCAUGAAUGUCAGCAAGGCCAGCACAGGACCCCACAUCACCAGUGCGGGCAUGAUGGCCCCCUCUGCGGCCCCCCCGCCCUCAAAGCAGCCAUCCUUCACCCUGCCAACAGCCCCUCACCUGCUGGCCAGCAUGCAGCUGCAGAAACUCAACAGCCAGUACCAUGCCAUGGGGGUCUCAGGGCACCCGGCAGAGGUUGGGUCCAUCCAGAGCUGGGGCUUUGGAGCCCAGCCCCUGGGCCAAGGGGCACUGGCUCCCCCUGCUGGCGCCCACAGCCCUGGCAUUAUUGAUUCUGAUCCAGUGGACGAGGAGGUGCUGAUGUCACUGGUGGUGGAACUGGGCCUGGAUAGAGCUAAUGAGCUCCCAGAGCUGUGGCUGGGCCAGAACGAGUUUGACUUUGCUGCAGAUUUCCCUUCCAGCCGCUGA